AUGGAAAGAAAAAAAAUUUUAAUCACUGGGGGAUUGGGUUUCAUUGGUAGCGCCUUUCUUUGGUACCUUAACAAAAAAGGCUACAACGACAUUGUUCUUUGCGACCGCUUUCGUACAGAGGAAAAAUGGAAAAAUGUCCGCAAUCUCCAUUUUAGUGACAUUAUCUUAGUUGAAAACCUAUGGGAGACCAUUCAAAAAAAUAAGUUUGAUGUGAUGAUCCAUCUCGGUGCUUGUUCUUCCACCACUGAAAAGGAUAUGGACUUUCUCUUCUCAAAUAAUUAUGAAUUCUCUAAGAGGCUUUGGCAAGUAGCCACGGAUCAAGGAUCGACUUUCAUCUAUGCUUCUUCGGCUGCCACCUAUGGUAAUUUUCACCAAUCAAAAGACUUCCCAAAUUACCCCGACAUCAAGAAGCUAACCCCGCUUAAUAAGUACGGUUAUUCCAAACAGCUUUUUGAUCUGUGGGUGGAAAGACAGAUCAUUGAAGGAAACACCCCUCCCGAAUAUGCGGGCAUUAAAUUUUUUAAUGUUUUUGGUCCUCAUGAAUAUCAUAAGGGGUCAAUGGCAUCGGUGGUCUAUCAUGCUUAUCAACAAAUGGAAAAAAAAGGGGAAGUCAAACUUUUUCAAUCGCAUAACCCCCAUUUCAAAGACGGUGAGCAGAAAAGGGACUUUGUUUAUAUCAAAGAUGUUUGUGUUGCUAUGUAUUUAUUGAUGACUCGAUUAGGUGAAAUUAAAAAAAACAAGAUGAAUGAACAGUCCUUUUUAUUUGAUUUAGGGACAGGAAAGGCUUCCACUUUCAAAGAAUUGGUGAUCCCCAUUGCGAAAAAAAAUAUUCAAUACAUCCCUACUCCAGAAAGCUUAAGAAAAAAUUAUCAAUAUUUCACGCAAGCCAAUAUGGUUGACUGGAGAGAAUAUUUCAAAAUUAAGCAUACUUUGCAAGAAUCUGUGGAGGAUUACCUGCACAAUCAUCUUGAAAAGGAAAACCCUUUUCUCAAUGUGUUCGAGAAAGAUGAUUAUUUAUCGCUUAAAUAA